GAGCCACUGCUUAAAUCUUCCCAAAUCCAGUGCCCAUACCUUAUGUGGCAAAGGCUUUCAGAACCAUUCUUUACCAUUAGGCACGUGACUACUACGUAAUCAUGGCAAAUCAUUUCAUCCUUACCAGCUUCUAACAUCAUCCUAAAACCUUGAUCCUCUUCCAGCUUCCGUAAACUUGUAGCUUUUCUUAAAACUUUUUUUUCUGAUCCUAAGAGUACUUUAACUGCACAUAGUAAAAGACAUCUAAAAUUUAAUUAUGAUCCGAAAUCCAAAUUACACAAACUUUGUUUGCUGUGCUGUUUGUAACAAAAUAAUUCCACCAGCCCCUUUUGGAGAAACCUUCAAACGGAUCCACGAAUACAAGCCAUUUAAGACACGCUUUUACACUCACAAAGAUAUACUGGAUAUUGGGGCAGAUAUUCUGAAUAAAGAAGAGCAAUUCCAAGAGGCAGUACUCAAAGAACGUAUUGCAAAAGCAGAAGCUGAUGUGUGGGUUCAGGCUGAUAUACGUCAAAAACAAGCAAUCGAGAAGGCACUUGAAGAAGCAAAUGACAAAUACAAAAUGGAUAUUCAGAUUCUGGAAGAAAAACAUCAAAAAGAUUUACAGGAAAUGACAGCUAAAACCAAGACAGAGAUGCACCAAAACAUGGAAGAUGAGCUACAGAGAGAACACUUGGCUGCGGAACAACGCAUGUUGCAUAGAAUCCAAAGGAUUAUGAUGGAGUGCCACAAGGAGAAGGUCCAGGCUGUGGAGAAGGCCAGGAUGGAAGAGAGAAAGAUGGCCCAGGAGGCAAUCCAGGCCCAGAAAAGAAUGGUCAUGGAGAAAAUUUUGAAUACUGGUGUAACAGUUAUGAAGGAUCAGAAGAAGAGUGUGAACCAACUGAUAAAAGAAAAAGAACAUGAAAUGAAUGUCUACUAUUGUAUGGCUCAGAGGCAGAAGCAAGAAGAGGUUCAGGAAGUGCUCCAAGAAGCUGAGAAGACACAUCAGGCCACGCUUGGAAAUGUAAUGGAUAAGCUGGUUAACACUCAGGGGGAGCUGCUGUCCGUAGCGAAACAACUAGGCAUCAUGACAAAUUGGAAAGAUUUCCUGGAGGAGGAAUUACAGGAAACAAGGGCAGCAUUUCAAAAAUACAUCAAUUAUACAUUUCCUAAGCUUUCACCAGGACAUGCAGAUUUUAUUCUGCCAGAAAGAAAGAAAACACCUUCCAAUCUUAUUAUUCAGGAGAAUGAAACAACUCUUGAUUAGAAGAAGUCUUCAAGUGAAAUCUCACCACAAAAGCCAUUGUUCCAAAGACUAAAUAAAUUAGCUCAAAAACCA